GUAGACCUGAACUCAAAUACAGAGCUUGAAUGGUUGGCAAAUCACAUGGGGCAUACACUGUCAGUACAUCGCCAAUACUACCGGUUGCAAGAGCAGACACUUGAGCUUGCUAAAGUUAGCAAACUAUUAAUUGCUUCAGAUGCUGGACAUGCUCACAAAUAUGCAGGGAAAUCACUGGACAAUAUUGCAUUGGAAGAUGUUGAGGACUUUCCUGACUUAGAGGAUGAACCUUUGAAUGAUAAGUCAUGCCCUUACUGGCAUAUCAUUGUGAUCGUGUCCGCACAAUUUAUAAAGAAAAAAAUUGACGAUAGCAAUCCACUCAUCCAGAAAAUGAGAUUGGGGGUAUUUCUCUUAUCAGGGAACAACUCAUUAGUGGAGGAAUUUCAUCACAGGUUGCCAGUCUGGUCAUCGAUUCCUGGAAAGACUCAACGAAGAAACAGUAUGGGUGUUAUUUCAAAAAAAUGGAUGCAGUUUUGCUUACAGAGACAAAAUGAUCCACUUAAACCAACUGUGACUCAAAUAUUAGAAUUUUUGAACAUGUUAUUCCAAUCAGGACUUGGUUAUAGUGCGUUGAAUACAGCAAAAUCUGCUAUCUGUUCAUUUACAUCUGUUAAUACCACUACGAGUGAUGUUGGAUUGGGGAAUCACCCCUUGAUUAAGCGUUUUAUGAAAGGUGUUUUUUGUAAUAGACCUGCAUUGCCCAAAUAUUCUACUACUUGGGAUGUUUCCAUUGUGCUUAGAAACAGUUAGGUAAUGAUUUAACAUUAUUACAAUUGUCUUGUAAAGUGGUCACACUACUGGCAUUAGUAACAGGGCAACGUGGACAGUCUAUUCACAAUUUACAUAUUACAGACUUGAAUUUCAUGGCCGACAGAUUAGACAUUAAGUUUUCUUCUAGUUUGAAAACUACUAAGCCAGGAUAUCACCAGAGUGAUAUUCAGGUGAAGCGCUUUACAGAGCCAGGUUUGUGUAUAGUUUACCAGCUAGAACACUAUAUAAAGAAAACCAAGGACAUUAGACUGUCAAAUUCUUGUAAUGAGGAUUUAUUAUUCAUUGGGACAGUUAUGCCUCAUCAACCGGUAUCUCGAGAUACUAUCUCAAGAUGGAUUAAAACUACAUUAAAAGAGGCUGGGAUAGACAUUAAUAGAUUCUCAGCACACAGUACACGAGGAGCCAUAUGUAGUGCAGCUGCUAAAGCUGGGAUUCCAAUUAACACUAUUCUUAAAACAGCCGGAUGGAAGGCUGAUUGCACUUUUCGCAGGUUUUAUGAUAAACCAGUGGAGACAAAUGUCUCUUUUGCAGAUAUCAUAGAUUUGUGACAUUAAUUUUCUAAGUUUUACACAUAUAGGCAUAUAUAUAUAACAUUUUGGAACAUAAGGACAAGUAUCACAUGAUUUUUGUCAUGAGCUCACAUGAACUUUGUCACGAGCCUGUCAAUUUCAGAGUUUGUCAUAUUUCUCUUGGAAUAUCAUUAUGAUUAUGCCUUAUUGUUUGAAUGAUCAGUUUACAAUAAUUUUAAAGGCAGUCAUUAAUUAAGAGUAUUAUGUUUGAUGUAUAUUAGUAAGACUAUUGCACGUAUUAUAUAGACGUGUGAGUAUAUAGCUGCUUGAUAUGUAUGUCAUUUGUUCUUGUUUGGAUUGUUUUGAUCAUGAAUUAUAGUGUAUAUAAGUUUAUGGUU